AUGGCAAUUGACCAGCGGAAGGUCGCCGUGUUCGCCGGGGCCUUCGUGCUACGACUGGUCCUUGUGUUCCUUUUUCCAUCGCUGCCGGACUUGCUUACUGGCCGGGUGGAGGUGUCAACCCCCGUCAAUAGCUUCAAACGAUUGCAGGAAGGUCUCUUUCUCUAUACCCGGAAUGUAUCUCCAUACGACGGCGGUGUCUUUCACCAAGCGCCGCUUCUCCUACCAUUAUUCGCGCUGCUUCCGGAUGUGACCCAGUACCCAUUACCGACAGCACUUUUCUUUUUUGGUGUCGAUCUAGUCAACGCAUAUGCCUUGAGCACCAUCUCAGACUCCGGCCAAUCGGUCAAGAGCAGGCUUCACUCGGCAAUGCGCAAACACAUUCGAUGGGACGGAGCGUCCGUUGCGGCUUGGUUCCUUUUCAAUCCCUUUACAAUUGCGACGUGCCUGGCCCGAUCUACAAGCGUGUUUACUACCUCCGGCAUCCUUUUUGCCGUAUCGAAUGCCGUUGAAGGGAAUAGCAUCAAUGCAAUGUUAGCGAUUGGGUUUGCGUCCUAUCUAUCUCUAUACCCUGCGUUGCUAUUUGUACCAGUGCUUCUGCUCUGCUACGACUUCCAUGCAGAAAAAUCCAAGCAAUCACUCAACACAACCGUGUUCGUUCUCCAACACACCGCGAUAUUCCUUGGGAGUCUUACAGGGCUACUGGCAAUAUCGUGCUUGAUCACCGGCAACUUCUGGGAGUUUAUGUCGGCUACCUAUGGCUUCCAUUUGCUGGUUCCAGAUCUGACUCCGAACGUGGGCCUUUGGUGGUACUUUUUCAUUGAGAUGUUCGAUUCAUUCCGCGCAUUCUUCUUGGGGGUAUUCUGGCUCCAUCUGGCUAGCUACGCUGGAGGGCUCACUUUCAGGCUUCGACGACAGCCUUUGUUUAUUGUGUCCUCCCUACUGGGCGUCUUUGCCAUCUUCAAGCCAUAUCCUAGUAUCUCCGAUGCAUCUCUGUACCUUGCACUACUACCUCUAUACCGCCACCUCUUCCCACUCAUGCGAUAUACGUUUUUCGCUAUUUCCGCCCUUCUCUACUCGAGCCUCCUCGGCCCCGCUUUCUACCACUUGUGGAUCUAUGCCGGGUCUGGCAAUGCCAACUUCUUCUAUGCAAUCACUUUGGUAUGGAGCCUUGGGCUCUCCAUCCUCCUUGCGGACUUCCUCUUCGCCGGCCUCAGAGACGAAUGGGAGCAAGACCAUCCUGAGGCACAGGGCAAAGAGGUCAAGCAAGUAUAG